GCGGGAGGAGGGAGGUGGGAGCAGCCGCCCGCGCCCGCCCUCAGUCGCGCUUGCGGAGCCGCAGCCGCGCGCAGCGCUGUCCCUUCAGCACCGCCGGCACGCGGCGGCCGCCCGCUCCCCUUCGCAUUCAUUUCGUUGCGGCGAGUGAAAAUUAAGAGGAACCUUCCCGCCCCCGCGCCGAGCCGCCGCCAGUGACCGCGUGGUUUGCAGUCUGGAAAGAAAGGUCCAAGCAUGGUGAAGCUGGGGAGUAAUUUGAACGACAAGAACAGCAAACCACCAUCCAGUGAAGAUGGGUUUCAGACAGUUCCUUUGAUCACACCUUUGGAAGUAAAUCAUCUGCAGUUCCCGGCUCCGGAAAAGGUAAUUGUGAAAACAAGAACAGAGUACCAGCCUGACCAGAAGAACAAAGGAAAACUCAGAGUGCCCAAAAUUGCUGAAUUCACAGUCAGUUUCACUGAUGGUGUAACAGAAAGACUAAAGGUCACUAUUCUCAUAAGUCUGGCUCUUGCAUUCCUUGCCUGCAUAGUGUUUCUUGUGGUAUACAAAGCCUUUACUUAUGACCACAGUUGCCCAGAUGGAUUUGUUUAUAAGCAUAAGCGGUGCAUCCCGGCCUCCCUGGAUGCCUACUACUCCGCACAGGAUUCCAACUCCCGGGGCAGGUUCUACACCGUCAUCAGCCACUACAGCAUGGCCAAGCAGACCAGUUCCCGGGCUGUAUCGCCCUGGCUGUCCUCAGGGUCAGUAAACCAUGAAGCCAAGGCUGCCAAAACAGAAGGUCAUUAAAAUUAAUGAGUGGUGAUGGGCGAAGUGGGAGGGUGGGGGGGACAGCACCGUGUCUAUACUGCAUUGCUCUAAUUGAGAGUGGGUGCUGUGCUAGCAGCACGAUGGGAAUAAAUAAGACCCAAGUGCGGGAGUCAUCUUAAUGGAUAUUUCUUUUUGUGCAUUGUUCUCGUUGAUUUGUAACCGAGUCGAGCUCUUGUACAAAGGCAUGUUUGAUGUUGACUGUACCUUACGAUGUAAAAAUAUUUUUAAAUCAUUGCUUAACUAUUUGUUAGAAAAAGAAAUUAAAAAACAAAAAAAGCAAAUUAGAUAAACAGCCAGAGAGGAUAAAAGCAGCAAAGGGAAUCCUACAAAACAUUACCAUUGCUGGAAAGCUGUGACUCAGACUUAACAUGCAGUUGAAGAAUAGCUGAAACCCUUUUAAGAGGCAGGGUAGAGAGAACCUGUCAGAAGGAUAUUGCAGUGUUGUUUAGCUUGCCAAAGGGGGGAUAACUGGUAUCAAACUAAAUCCAGUAUCAGUGUGCAUUUGCUGAGAGAUGCAAAUAUCCCCUCCUCCCUCAAACAUGCACAGGUGUAAAAGCACAUGCACACACACCUGAACAGGGGCUUAUGCAAAUCCGGGAAGAUCCAGGCAUUCCUAAAGAGCUGUCACUGCUCCGGUGAUCUCAACUGGGCUCUGAAGUCCUGGCUGGUGUGUGGAUGUGGAGCAGGAUAAGAACUGCUGUAGUGAAAGCAGGAGUGUAUUUGUGAGCACAGAGCUGGUGGCAGUCAGAAGAUCAGGGCUUUACCUACUUCUGGCAUGGAUUUCCUGAGCGACCUUUAGUAAGUGAUGUGGGAGGGGGUUGGCCAUAGCAUGCUCUCAGAGUAGAAGGGUCCCUUUGGAUCUCUGCUUGUAUACCCAGACCAGACCCCAAGCUUAGACCAAUACCAGCUGGUGUAAAACAUCUUCUCCCCACAAAUGGCAGUUAAAACAGAGUGGUGGGACUUUAAAAGAAGGGAUUCUGUUAUUCAGAGCCACCAUUUGGCUCAUUAUUGUGAGGUUAUGCUGCUUGGCAGGAGAUGCUGAGCAGCAGGAGCAAGUGCAAGGUUUAUGUCGUACUAAGGCUGCUUUUUUCAGAUUUGUGGCUAGACUGGGAUGGAAAUUAGGAACUGACCCCUUCUUCCCUGCAUUGGGCAGUUUUGUCCUCCAUUUCGCAUACAUAGACACUAGAGGGUGUAAAUCAGGGCAGAACUCCUCAGUCCUAACAGGCAUCAUGAUAAAUAACUGUAUAGUGUAGCUAAAAAUGUAGUGCCAAAUGUCAUUGUCUGAUUUCCUAUCCUCCCUUCUCCUUCCAUCUGUAAAUUCAUUUCUCACUCAAAAUGUACAAACCACUCCCUCCACCAAAAAUCCAAACUCCAGCAAACCACUGAACAGUUUAUAAUUUUGUGGUGUAUUUUUUGUCAGUAGGUAGCAGAGACUGAAGUAUUUUUUGGUGUAAUUCUUGAACUUUUCUGACGGGAUUAAAAUAAAGCUAGAUGUGACUGAG